CCGACACAGGCACCGACAUUGUGCCAUAUUGUCGCCCAAUUGUCCUGCAUCAGCGGGCGGAAAGACAAAAGACUGGACGCUGGAUCCUUUCACUAGGCAGACAGCACCGCAGUGGCACAGCCGAGUGACUUCAAAGGACUUGACUCACGCAGCUCCGCUCCGCCUUACGACGCCGUCGCCCGACUUCCGGCAUUGCCUUCAGCGCCUCAGCAUACGACAUACGGCCUGAAGCGCUUUCUACCAUUCCAGCUGCAUACACCGUCUUGCACAACGACUUUUACUUGUAGUUGCCCGCAUUUGCGACUAGACCGCCAAAAUGCCUUCGAUAUUGAACGAAGAGGACAAACAGACUGUCAAGCGCACAGUGCCUAAGUCUGCGAACAAGAUCCAUGCAGUCGCUGUCGCAAAGCUGUAUGUCGCAUACCCAAACCGGAACAAAUGGACAUAUACAGGCAUGCAGGGCGCUGCCGUGCUCGCCAACGACUUGGUGGGCAAUACGUUCUGGCUCAAGAUGGUAGAUGUGUCGCCCUCGAAUAGAGGCGUAGUCUGGGACCAGGAGAUUUACGACACCUUCCAAUACAACCAGGACCGGACAUUCUUCCACACCUUCGAGCUCGAGGAUUGUCUGGCGGGUUUGAGCUUUGCAGACGAGAAAGAGGCAAAGCAGUUCAAGAAGAAGAUGGACGAGCGGGAGAAGAAUGCGCACAAGAACACAAGGAGCAAGCCUUUCGCUAGUGGACCAGCGCAACAUGUGGGCGCUUAUCACCAACAGGCAGCGGCGCCAGAGGGCAAGAAGAGCAGAUUGGGUGGUUUAUUCAGCAGUCAUAAGCAUUCGGCACCGCAAGGUCCGCCUCAGAGCAUCAUUCCGCCUCGAGGAGUUGAGAUCCAUUCGCCUGCGCAGAACAGUCCUAGCAGGAGUCGAGCUAUAAGCGAUAUCGAUCUCAACGAUCCCGCCGUGCAAGCCGUGCUUCAGGAUUUGCUGCAGAUGGGCAUUACGGAAGACCAGAUCCAUGAACACUCUGCUUUCAUUAAGAGCUAUCUGGAACAGAACAAGGCUACGCAGGCUGCGCAGGCUGAGGAACAGCAACGAGCCGCAAGAGCUCCCCCACCACCUCCACCUGUAGCAGACGCUGCAAGAGUCAGCCCACAGCAUACCGGAAGUACAGGACGAGGACCUCCGCCUGCUCCGCCGCCAUCUAGAAGGAAGGCUGGCGCUCCAGCAGUGCAGAGGCUUCCAAGUCCUAGCCCAAGCCCGCCCAGAGAGCCAUCGCCACCACGACCACGAUUCCGAGUGCCGCCUCCUCUUGAGAACGCAGCUCCUCCGCCUCCUCCGCCACCCAUGCCACCGCCGCGCGCAGCAGAAACAGGAGUCGGCGCCGACACCGCCGCUGCCGUUCCGAAGCAAGCCGUUCCCGGACGCGAUGGUCUUCUGGCAGACAUUCGUGGCGGAGCAAGACUCAAAAAAGUGUCGGAUUCAGAGAAGAGAGAUCGCAGUGCUGCGAUGGUUCCAGGCGGCGAAGCUGCAGCUCCUCCGCCUCCUAGCGCGAGCGGGGCCAGUGGAGGCGGCGAUGCACAAGGAGGCCUUGCUGGUGCUCUGGCCAGUGCUCUUGCUGCGAGGAAGAGCAAAGUCAGUCACUCUGAUGAUGAAAAGGACGAUGAUGAUUGGUAG